CCACACUCGCUGUCAGCUUCCACGGGCAUCGAGUUCGGACGGCCGCGUUUUUUCUUCGUUGCUAAGGCUGACGUCAACGCUGUGCUGCUGGCUUGCAUGGCCAUACCUGGGCUUUGCUGGUCAGGCAUAGGAGCUGCCACCAAGGUAAAGGCUUGUUCGUUCCUCCGCCUGUCCCAAGCUUUUCCACUUGUGGAUGGUGGGUUUUCUCUUGUUUCUCUCGGACCCUUCCGUCGUGGGAUGCGGAUGCGCCUCCUAUCCAGCUGUAGCAGGACUCGCGGCAGUCCUAGCAGUCGUUGUUGCUGUUCUCGUUGCUGUUGUCGUUGUUGUUGUCGUACACAAACUUAGCUUAUCAGCCUUCGUCGAGGUCGUCAUUCGCACAGAGGUCCUGGCGAUGGUGGCGUCAGCACGGUGGUGGUAGUCGUCGUCGUUGUGUUAUGAGUAGCAGUUUCAACAGUCACAGGCAAUUGCGAGGACAGAUGGACAGAUGAUGACCUUUAGACGUAGCACGUGGAGUACACAAACGGACAGGAGCAUGGUUUGGACAGAUGACCUUUAGACGUAGCACGUGGAGUACACAAACGGACAGGAAGACAGAAGGAGCAUGGUUUCCAUACUAACUGCUCUUUUUUUUUUUUUUUUUGGUUAACGAACCCCCGGUUUGCUAGGGGUGUCUGCUCCUUCCGUACUUAUCCUUUCUCGAUGAUCAUUGACUGAAGUUUCGGCAAUGGCUAUGGCGAUGGCGAUAUCUCAAAGACUAUCUCCAUCUCUACGUAACCAUGAAGAAAAGGCGAUCGGAAUUUGGCUCAGGUUGUAAUGAAACGGCACUGGUGGCAUGCUGGCAGCCGAAACGGGUGUUGGAAGAGGCCCAAGAGGCGGGUUUGACAAAUUGACACGGUUCUGCAGCCGUCACAAAUGUCGAAGACGAGUGAACGAAGCGACGUGUCAUGUUGUGUGUGCAGCUGCAGUGCAGCACGAGUCC